AUGGACUCGCCCUCAAAAUGGCUUAAUAAUGCUAUUAGUAAUGGGCACAUAAUAGAAUUUAAUUAUGAUUCACUUAAAAAAAUCGAGCCUUGUUCGAUUAAACCAUUAAGCGAAAUCAAAAAGGCUUACCAAAUUGAAUUUAAUAGGAACGUUGCUCUUAAGUAUUUAAAGGAUUUCAGUCAUAACAGUGAAGAUGAAUAUUACAAAAAUUUUAUCAGAGAGGUACAAAUUUUAACCAAAUUAAACGUUACCAAUAAUGAAAAUAUAAUCAAAUUUUGGGGAAUCAGUAAAGGUAUCAUCAUUUAA